CAGCCACUUGGAGGAAGGAAAGCGGGUAGGUAAAUAUUCCCGACAUGCACCAAGCUGCGGGGAGUGUCCUGGGUUUCCAGCACUCCCGGUUUGUUAAGCAAAAUAGUAAUUAACAGCUCUGUGGGUUCCGUGAAGUCACAGAGCUAGCCGUCAGCCAGUGCAAUGCUGUCAUGCCUUGUCCAGGAUUCAUUUCUUCUGAAUAAAUGAAGAAAGUGACUAUGAAAGCACAGCAUCUACCUUCUGUUUCCAUCAAUGAGGAGAAGUUCAUAACCAGAGAGCAGCUCAGUUCUCUUCUGAAGACUUAUAACUCUUACUAUUCUGAUCAAGAAAAUCUGCAACUGUCCCAUAAUCAGCAGGAAGGAAGCAAACCAUUUAUUGAAGGAAUCUUGUCAAUAUUUUGGGGAGUCCGACAUCCUAUCCGAUUAAAAAUUCAGGAUGAGAAGCAGAUACCUUCUUUUGUAACCCUGAAGUCAACAGAGAACGUGGGUUUGUUCCCUGGUAAAAGGGGAAUGAGACGCUGGGGAGAAUUUGAUGAUCUCCAUCAUAUUAGCGGGGAGACAUUGAAAUCUACUGAAGAAAAGCCAAACCUUGAGAAAAGUUAUUCAUGUUACGAAAGCCUCGCUCUGAAGUCCAAGUGCGAGCAGGAACAUGAUUGCGCUACCCUGCCCAGGGCCGUCAGCGAAGCUGCGGCUGUGCGGAAGAGGACCAAGCUCCCCAUGAUAGCCAGGACAGAAGUAGAAACUCACAGGUUUUCAAUUAAUGGCCACUUCUAUAACUACGAGACAUCAGUUUUUACUCCGGCUUUUGGAUCAGAAACCAAAAUCAGAAUAAACAGCCAGAUGAGGACCAGACAAGUAAUAGAACAAUUGCUUCGGAAGUUUAAGAUAGAAAACAGCCCACAUGAGUUUGCACUUUACAUUAUCCAUGCGUCCGGAGAAAAGAAGCAGCUGAGGAGCGGGGACGUUCCCUUACUGCACAGGCUCUUGCAGGGGCCCUCGGAGAAGGUUGCCAAGUUCUUUCUCAUGGACAGAGAUGUGGAAGAGAUCAGCAGUGAUGUUGCUCAGUAUAUACAAUUUCAUCUUCCCUUUUUGGAGUCAAUUCUGCACAGAAUAAAUGAAGAGGAAGAACAGGAGAUUCAACAGACCGUUGCAAGGUACCUAAAAGAGAAGAGUAUGAUACGCCAGCACCUUCGUAGUCGAACUGCUAAAAAAACAGAGACUACUGUCUGA